AUGUAUUCUAGUGACAAUCAAUACACGUUAACAACUGCUCAACCUUCGUAUCACCCAGAGGCACUAACUGAUGGUCAUUUAAUGCGAUGGCCACGAUUUGGAAUAAAAGAAGCCAUUUUCAGAGGUCGAUCCUAUACUCUCACUAAUACUUGUCCUACAGAUUCGGCAUUAUUUGCAUUAUAUUUUAUAUAUAAAAUUGAUAUUAAUAUUGCUGGGGAAUUAAAUGAUGCGCCCGAAACAUCAGCAUAUUCAACACUUGUUAAAACUUUUCGUACAGUUGAAAAAGAAGGUUGGGAUGCUGCUCGUCUUAGCUGGUUGCACGAGCAUGGUAUCUUACAACAUGUCGCUGAGAAAAAAAGUCUUUUUGGCUCAGCAGACAAACAAGUAUUUCGUUUUCUUACGUGUGAACAACAGCAUUCUUCUCAAAUUGAAUGUUCAAGAGUUCAAUGCAAAAAAAGAAGACGUAAUCGAACAAACACAGAAUUGUGUCUUUUCACCUUUGAAGAUUACAUUCGAGAUUUUAAUAAUGAAACUACCGAUGCUUGUGAUAUAAUGAUGGCACGAUCUGAUGAAAUAACUACAGAAGAAGCACGUGAAUAUAAAUAUCGAAGUGUUACAAUGCUGACAACUGAUGGACAGCCAGACGAACAUGCAUGGGUAUGUAAUGCCACUGCUCAUGUCUCUGUGGCUACUUUUACACAUAGUCAUCCGCCGAUUAUCAUAGUUAACAUCAGAUAUUUACCAAAAAAUAAAAAAGGAUCUGAUGAUGAUUGUCCUCAAUUACUUGACUUAAAACGUGAGAUAAAAAUCAAUUCUAUAAAAUUUAUAGUAAUUAUGAGCAGUACGUCGAAUAUGAAAUUUCAAACAAAAACACCACCACCACCAUUAUUCCUCAUAACACCACCACACCUCUUGUCACCACCACCAUUAUUCCUCAUAACACCACCACACCUCUUGUCACCACCACCAUUAUUCCUCAUAACACCACCACACCUCUUGUCACCACCACCAAAAAUAUUGUUGAUAAAGCUAAAAUGGUCUUGGGUAACAAUUAAAUCACCGGCAGAAUAUGAACGUCGUCGACGAGGAACAAAUGAAGAAGUUACUUCAAAUGAAAAUUCGCCACGUAUUGAAGAAGUAUAUAAUUCAAUAGAUUCCAUUGUAUAA